AUGGAGGGGAGGAUGUUGAAACCAGAGGGUGAAAAACCCCAGAAGAGGGUGAGGUUCCGUGUGGCGUCGGGGAACAGCGGCAGGGUUAUCAAGGAGAUGUUUAAAGAUGAAGGCCCGUCAGACUCCCUGGAUUCAGACUGCACCAGCAGUUCAGAAGCGGACCGGGCCAGCACUCCAUCGACCAGCGGAGACCUCAAUGGACACCUUUGCGGAUAUCUCGGCUCUGAGCUUGACGACAGUGAGAGUGAGCCCGAUGACCUCCUCGUGUUUGCCGGCGGCGCCGGGGACAGAACCUUCAGCACCAAACGAGUGAACAUUCUCAGUAAAAACGGGACCGUCCGUGGAGUAAAGCACAAAGUCAGUGCGGGCCAAGUGCUUUUUGACAACCUCUCUAAAGUCAAUAUGCCAGAGUUCGCGCUGGAGUUUGGACGGAUCGUGAUCUAUACUACCAGUUUCCGGGUAGUACGGACAACGUUCGAACGGUGCGAGCUGGUGCGGAAGAUUUUCCAGAACCACAGGGUAAAGUUUGUGGAGAAGAACAUUGCCUUGGACAGUGAAUAUGGCAAAGAACUGGAAGGACGAUGUAAACGAGUGGGAGAACCUCCGUCACUCCCUGUGGUCUUCAUUGAUGGACACUACCUUGGGGGCGCAGAGAAAAUACUGAGUAUGAAUGAAUCAGGGGAACUUCAGGAUCUCCUCACCAAAAUAGAGAGGGUUCAGCACCCCCAAACGUGCCAGACUUGUGGGGGGUUUGCCUUCAUCCCAUGCCCAAUGUGCCAUGGCAGUAAGAUGUCCGUGUUCCGGAACUGCUUCACAGACUCUUUCAAAGCCCUAAAGUGCACCGCCUGCAAUGAGAACGGCUUGCAGCCCUGCUCCAGCUGCUCUCCGUGA